AUGACCAAGUAUGCAGACAACUGCAAGUUCAGGGCAAUCACAGAAUCCCAUGAAGACACAAACAUCCUCAAGGAGGGUCUCACACGAAUUAACUAUUGGUGUAAGAACCAUGGACUCAAACUAAAAUGCAAAAAAAGUGCAGAAAUUUCUCCUUCAGGUCAGGUUCCACGCUCGAUCUGCAAUGAAAAUUGUCUACCUGGACACAGAAAAGCCACAAGGCGAGGUGAACCUAUUUGCUGCUUUGACUGCAUCAUGUGUUCCAAGGGAGAAAUUGCCAACCAUAGUGAUGCAACAGGCUGCUUGCAAUGUCCAAAAGAACUACACCCUAAUGACAGACAAGACAAGUGCAUUCAGAAACUCACUGAAGUCCUUUCUUACGAAGAUCCUCUGGGCACAGCUCUAGCUGCCAUUAACUGUGCAUUUGGUAUCAUCACUGUUUCUAUUCUUUGUGUUUUUAUCAGGAACCAAGAGACACCAAUCGUCAGGGCUAAUAAUCGUGAACUCAGUUAUAUUCUCCUUCUUGCCCUUACGCUAUGUUUCCUGUGUUCCUUGAUUUUCAUUGGCCAGCCGACAGGGUUGACAUGUCUUCUCCGUCAGACAACUUUUGGUGUUAUAUUUUCCCUUGCCAUUUCUUGUAUUCUUGCUAAAACAGUCAUUGUUAUUAUUGCCUUCAGGGCUACUCAGCCAGGGAGCAACUUAAGAAAAUGGCUGGGAGCCAGACUGCCGAUUUCUAUUGUAUUUUGUUCUACUGUAAUUCAGCUGUUCAUAAGCAGUGGAUGGAUGUUUCUUUCUCCACCUUUCCCUGAAUCUGAUAUGGAAUCUGGAGAAGGCACAAUCACUCUUCAGUGUAAUGAUGGUUCAGUAACUGCAUUCUGGAGCAUGCUGGGAUACAUGGGCCUUCUUGCCACUGUUAGUUUAAUCAUUGCCUUUCUUGCAAGGAAUUUGCCUGAUAAUUUCAAUGAUGCAAAAUUCAUUACUUUCAGUAUGCUUGUUUUUGCUAGUGUUUGGCUUUCUUUUAUCCCAGCAUAUCUGAGCACAAAAGGAAAGUAUUCAGUGGCAGUUGAGGUAUUUGCAAUCAUGGCUUCCAGUGCAGGAAUGCUCAUUUGCAUAUUUUUUCCAAAAUGCUACAUUAUUCUACUGAGGCCAGAUCUGAACAGUAAAGAUAAGUUAAUGGGGUCUGCAAAAUUAAAUAUUAAAAGGAGUACCAGAGAGAGCGAUCUGGCAGAGCAACUCCAAUGA